AUGGCAAAUCCAUCUUCUCUUCCUCUUCAAGAACGAAAGCCUCGUAAAAACACCAUUCCACGAGUUGCGGAGCUUAUCAUCCUCUUCCUUCUCUUUUCUCUCCUUGUUUACCGUCUGAAACCUGCUCAUGAGCUUCCCUCGGUGGACAUGUUCGUCAGAACGACCGACCCUGUCCUUGAACCGCCGAUUAUCACCGUGAACACCGUACUAUCCUUGUUAGCAGUUGAUUACCCGGCGAACAAGUUGGCUUGCUAUGUCUCUGACGAUGGUUGUUCCUCUCUCACCUUCUAUGCUCUCGUCGAAGCAGCUAAGUUUGCUAAGCUUUGGGUUCCAUUUUGUAAGAAGUUCAACAUUACUGUUAGAGCUCCAUUUCGAUACUUUAAUGGCGAGUCCUUAUGGUCCGAAGAUAGUUCAUUGGACUUCCGAGACGAAUGGAAAAAGAUAAAAGGUGAGCUGAGAACUCUGACACUAAUCUCACACUGUUAA